ACCGCCGUCGCCGUCGUCGUCGACGGAGACGAUCGACGAGUCCGGAUUAUGGAUCGUGUACUCCCAUCGUUGUUCGCGCGCCGGGUCAUGGAGUGUCGCGCGUGGAAUCUAGUCUCCCGGGUGUAUCGACGGGCGACGACGGGUCGCGACGUUGACGACAACCCGGGUCAACCGCAGCCGUCGCCGUCUACGUCGUCCUCGUCGCAGGGAGAGGCGUCCUCGCCGCCCGAGCGGGAUCCUCGCCAUCAUCCGUGCAGCAGCGAGACGUGCCGGUAUUGCCGCGCCGUGGAGAAGACGUUGCUCUGGGAGGACUUUACCUUCUUCCUCAACAUCUAUCUGAUCAUCCUGCUCAGCGUGGUGAUCUGGAUUUACGGUAUGCUUGGAGUACCGACAUCGCGGAUACCCUUCAAAAUUCUCAUUGUUUAUCUUAUUGUACAAUUAAUGGUCGCCUUCAAAUUCAUGGAUAUCCUGGCUCCAACAGAAGAGCAUCAAAGGCUAUGCAGUAGACUUCACUGGCUGUGGAAAAGUCUGAGGCAGUUGAGGAGCGAACAACCAGGAUUGCAUUGCACCAUCGUUUGCCUCGUAGCGUUCGGCCUAUGGCUUUUCGGUCAUGUCAACCCGUCAACAUACUAUUCGAUAUAUUGGGGGAUCAUACUAGGCCCUUUAAUUAUGCGGUUACCCUUGAAACUUUCCGACAAACUGUCGGAAUAUUUUAAGUCGCACAGAGAAUGGGAAUGCGACAGCGAAAUUGGAGACGAAUUUUUACCAGUGGUGACAGAAGCGAAUCUUCAGGUGCUAAAUCGAGUAGGGGACACGGGUGAUCAUUCGCCGACUCCGACGAGCGUAUUGUCAGAUACUCAAAAUGAUUCUUUUUAUGAUGAAGAUUUCAUUGAGGCUUUCCAUGAAAAGAUGUUAACUCUGCCCUACUACGGGGAGGGAAGUACCGAUGGUGUGGAAAUGUCGGAAUUGGAGCUCAGCGCUGGCGAGAAUGACGCUGAGGGCGAGGACGAUAUAAAGUUUCAGACGGGCCACUUCGAGAAAAGUUCGUCCUCGUCUUCCGAGGAGGAGGCCUUCGAUGCGAAAAAGAUAAGCACAGUUAGCAGCGAUGAAAGUAAUGGUGACAGUGAUUUCGAGAUAAUUGAUAAAGAGGAAAUAAUAAAAAUGGAAAUGUGAUAAAGAUUGAUCCGUAUAAGAAAAUAAAAUGCUAUUUCCGUGUGCAUAUUAAAUAAAAAUAAAAAUAAAAAAAUCCCUAAAGGAGAAAAACCAAUCUUUACAAUCGGCUGCAAACGUGAAAUUAAUUUAUCGAAUGACGAUAAAUAAUAACUUUGCUUUUUUUUCGAAUCGCGAUUAAGGAUAUGACGUUAAAUCAGAUAAGUGAAUUUAGUUUUAAGUUACAAAUCUCUCGAUGUACAUUGCACAUACAACGAAAGUGUGAAAAUCGAGAGAAAAAGAAAGCGGAAAUUUAUUUAUUUAAAUAAAUACAGUCGAGCCUUCUUAUUCUUCGUUUUCUUUCUGCUUCUUCAUCACUUCUCUUUUUUGUUCUACUUCACAUUUGUGAUAAAUUAUAAUUAAAUUAUAAUUAAAUUAUAAUUUUAAAUUAUAGUUAAAUUAUAAUUAAAUUAUAAUUUUAAAUGAAAAAGCAGUUAAAGUACAAAAAAUCUAAAAUGUGCAAUAGCAAAGGUGAGCGAAUAAGAAAGAUAGAAAGAAUAAGAAGGCAGACGUGAAGAAUACGAAGACUUGACUGUAGAUAUGUAUGUAUGAUGCGAUACUACAGUAUUUAAUAUCUUGGACGAUAAAAUAGGCGUAUGUACAUUUGCAAUGUAAUAAAUAUGCACCUGUGUACAAACGUUUUAAUCUAAAAAAAUCAGAGUUCACGCUUUUUGACUUAAUUGCAAUAAUUAAGUGAGGACGAUGCGGCAGUAAGGAUGCGAGAGAUGAAAACCGAUCAAUAGAGGCUGCACUCUGAGUAGCGCGAACAAAUGUUUUAGAUGUAAGAAUGUAUUAUAUUGUAACAUGUUGUCCGCGAGAUGUGUAAAAAAAAAAAAGAAAAAAUGCGCAAGAAGAUACUGACGAGACGUUCGUCAAGUCUCAAACGCGUUUUUGUAGCCCGUUUAUAAUUGGUGUCUGUCGUUUUGGUCUUGUCUACGCAUCUCUAACUUUGGAAAUACACGAUACUGAAAGUA